UUUGUACACUUAUAUUUCACCACAAUCAUGUGGUAUGAGAUAUUGCCAGGCUUUGCUGUUAUGACAGUCUGUCUGAUGAUUCCUGGCAUCGCAACUGCUCAAAUCCAGAAGUUCACAAACGGUGGAAAGGAAAAGAGGAUCGCACGGGUUCCCUAUCACUGGUAUUUGAUGGAGAGAGACAGGAGAGUGUCUGGAACUGGUGCACACUACCAUGCGAAGGGACUUGAAAACAUCAAAUGAAGAGUCACCAAGAAACAAUUGAAAUGUACAUUUUGUCCAGCCGUCUAUUAAAAUGUUAUGUUAAAA